AUGACUCAAGAUGAUGCAACGCUGGAAUCGGUACUCUCCCGUUUAGAUGAAUACAAUUCUCGCACUCUCUUCGUGGCCCACUUACCCCGGGUCUGCACUCUCAAACAACUGAGGGCCCUUUUCAAGAAAUCAGUUAACGCGCGCUUUUCUAGUGGGCAACCCACGGGUUCCAGCAAAUUCGGUUUUGUCGAAUUCAAAUCCUCCUGCGAAGCCCAGAGGGCAAAGGCUGCCUCCGAGUCGCUAGCCAUGGCCGGAAAGCCUGUCAAGAUGAAUGACACUGCAUCAGAAAUACCAAAACCCACCAAGGUCGAGGCGACGCCAAAGUCUGGGAAGAAGCAGAACAAGAAGCAUACGCCGAAGACUGGCACACCCUCGGAGGUUUCAACUCUGAAUGCUAGUGGGAAGAAAGCCACACCUGCAUCAAGCAAACCGGUCUCCGCUGGCUCGACUCCGUCAACGUUUCCGAAGUUGAAGAAGCCCGCGCUGGUGACUGACACACCUGCUAUUGAAAAGGUUAGAUUAGCUGUUUUUGGGACAGCUAACGUCUCGGAGCUAUACGUAACACUAUCAGAAUACCCAAGUCGUAUAGUACUGAAAAAAAAAUUAUGA